AAUAACGUAUUCCGAUGGGUGCCACCACCACGGGAACCAUGUGAACAGGGGGAGGCGCAUGCCGUCAAGCUCAUUGAGUCGCUUGACCUUCAACGACCACCGUAGGACAGUAACUCCCAUUCAACCCAGCGAACAAUGUGGUUCCCACCUGGACUGGGACUUCCCAUCUCGUUGCUUGGGUUAGCUUCCCAAAUCCCGUUGGAGCAGCCCAGUACCCCUGUAAAGCUAGGCGACAUAGCUAAUAUGUCUGUUACUAAAGCUCCAUUCAAGUUGAAAGAGGGUUCGGACGUGUUCUCUCCUAAGAAUCUUCUUGAACUUCCACGACCGGGAGUUGGUAUUGCCAAUCAGCCUGGAGACUUGGUCUUGGUUCCCGUUAGCACGUAUUCGUUCAAGGAAAAGAAGAAUAACAAAUCGAUCUUUCUUGCCCCCAUCGAGUCCACGGUCAAACCACUAGAAGUACCCUUAGCAAAUGGCGGUGACGCGUUCUGGCUCGACUCACGUACUGUCGGUCAUGCCGUUGAGGAAGGCGAAGGGAAAGAUAAAGUCAAGGUUCUUUACGCGAUUUCUGUGAAGGUAGACACGGAUACCACGACGAUCCAAAUCUAUCCGGACUCUCCAGUCUUCAUUGGCAAGUUCCCGACUUCCACCGCUGGUAACUUUCGAUUCACGGGCAGGUCUGAAUAUCUGAUAUUCUCUGAUGACGUCUAUGAGGAUGGUGAUAUUACGAAGGUCAAAGAACAUGAUGAAGCUUGGGAAAAUCGGGGUGAUAGUGCCUAUGUAUUUGACGAUACCUUCGACAGACACUGGGAUACAUUGAUUGGUCCCAAGAGGAGCUCUCUGUUCUCUGUGAAGCUUACACAGAAUCCGGACCACAAAUGGUCCCUAGGUGAUGAGUACAUCAACCUCCUUCGCGGAACAGAUCACAAAUGCCCCAUUGAACCAUUCGGAGGAACCGAUGACUUUGAUGUCUCGCAGGGCCAUGUCAUAUACACGACGAAGGACCCUAAACUCCCUCCAGCCUGGCAUACGAAACAAGACAUUCAUAUUGUAGAUCUCCAAGGCAAGAAUCGUAAAGAACUGACAUCCGGAAAACAAGCUGCUACCCACAACCCUACCUUCAAUGCUGCUGGAGACAAGGUGGCUUGGAUAGAGCUUGACGAGGAUGGCCACGAAUCUGACAGAGGAAAGGUUGUCAUUUACGAUCUCGAGAAGGAUGUUCGAUAUACCCUGACACAAAAAUGGGAUCGCACUGCUAGCGUCAUAUCGUUCUCAAAAGACGGCAAAAACAUCUUCUUCACUGCAGGCGAUAUCGCUCGUGCGAAAGUCUUUGCCCUCCCGAUCCCUCCUACACCUUCCAGGUCAACUACGGACCCGGACCUGCCCAAGGAAUAUGAAACGCCGACUGCACUUACACAUAGCGGCACGGUAGGCGACAUUCAAGCUCUUUCGAAUGGUCGUCUCUUGUUCACACGAUCGUCCCUUACUUCACCAAACGAUGUUUUCGUCAUUCGAGGUCUUGAUGGUGUUGAUCUAUUCUCAGAUGACGUGGGCAAGAAGCUCAAUAUUGACCAGUUGACCAAGUUCACUGAGGAUGCUUUGGAAAGCAAGAACUUGAGUCCUGGAGAAGAUUUCUGGUUCGAAGGCGCGGAAGGCAAGAACGUGCAUGGUUGGAUCAUAAAGCCUCCUGGAUUCAAGGAAGGAGAGAAGAAGAAAUGGCCCGUUGUUCUGUUGAUUCACGGAGGUCCCGAGGGUGCUUGGGAGGACGGUUGGUCUGUCCGAUGGAAUCCUAAUGUUUUCACCCAGCAAGGUUAUGUCGCAAUUGCUAUCAACCCUACUGGCUCGACCUCUUUUGGCCAAGACUUCGUGAAUGCCAUCAAGAAAGAUUGGGGUGGCAAACCUUUCGUUGACAUGCAGAAAGGUUGGAAGUACAUUUUGAACAAGUAUCCCGAAAUCGAUGCAGAUCGCGCUGUUGCGGCUGGUGCCAGUUAUGGUGGAUAUGCCAUCAACUGGAUCCAGGGACAUCCUGAAUUUGGCUUCGGUUUCAAGGCACUCGUGUGUCAUGACAGCUCUUUCGAUGUGAGGUUCACCGCGUACGCAACGGAUGAGCUAUAUUUCUCCAACUAUGAGUUCGGAGGCCGACCUUGGGAGAAUGACACGAAGAUCGCUCUUCAGAAAAAUAACCCCAUCGAGUUCGUUCAUAAGUGGUCAACACCUCAACUAGUGGUUCACGGCAGCCGUGACUAUCGGCUUGUUGAGCCGGAGGGUCUUGGAGUAUUCCAUGCAUUACAGCAAUUAAAGAUUCCUAGCCGCUUGGUGAUCUUCCCAGAUGAGAAUCACUGGGUAUCGAAUCACGGUAACAGUUUGAAGUGGCAUUAUGAAGUCUUCCGAUGGUUCGAUCAGUUCGUCGGCAAGCACGAUUAAAUCGCAAUCUAAAUGCAUGUGUACGAUAUACAUUGGAAUUCAUAUAUAUUUGCCUUAUGGCACGUUGCUUAUAUUCCCGUUCUUCAGUCAUUUCCAUCUUGAUUCAUAUAUAUAUAAUGUUUGUGACUUAACGACUUUGCAGCCUUUCAAAUCCUCAAGACUUCACAUUUCUGCGAGCAUUGUUCCAAUGUAACAUUCCACAAAACAGAGGCACUCCUAG